AUGCCCGCAUCGCGCGGAUGGCAUCCACGGCAUCUAUGGCCCCCAUGGCGUCAUGGCAACGAGAUAUCCAAGAAGGACGAUGACCUCCCCUUGCCCAGCCACUCCAACCGUGGCCGUAGCUACGGUACGCAGUGGCAAUCCGCUAGAAUGCCACGCCGAACCUGGGUUAAACGCCUUGCAGCAUAUGCGCUUGUCAUAGUGUUUCUUGUUUACCUCUUCAACCGCGCCUAUUCGCCAAGUUCGUCUGCCCUGCCGGGAAACAGAGGCGACCCCGACGCCGUCGAGGCUGCUUACAAGCAGCGCUUUGGUCCAGCUGGGACGGCGCAUGUCGACGGUGCGCCGAAGAAGCCAUCGUCUCCCCACCAGCCGUCACCUGCAAAGGUCGAUGGCCAACAGAAAGGCAUUUCAUCGCCAAAAGAGCCUAUAGAUAAAGGAAGCAAGGAAGGUCACAACAAGCCUGACAGCGGCCGUGCCAAGCCUCCUCCCAAAUAUGACGGCCCAAUCAGGUAUCCCGCGCUGGCUUCGUCACUGGGAGCCAUCGCAUCGACCGGCGGAAAUUCUCCCCAUAAUCGCAACGUCCUAUUUGCAGCUUCCAGUCUCAAAAGCUCUUCUACCUUGCUACCUAUGGCAUGCGAAAUGGCAAUGGAGCACCUGAGCUAUGUCCACUUUGCCUUCAUAGGCACGGCAGAUAUUGCUAUGCAGGACCUUCUCGAGGUCAAUGGUAUCGACAAGACGUGCCCGCUCAUUUUACAUGAUGCUCGCCCAGACCACUUCCAAAUGUCGACUGAGAAUCGCAUGUCCUUGGCCAUUGUGAAAGCACUGCAUUCCACGAACGCAGAAGAAAGCUAUUUCCUCCGCGCGGUCCGAGACCAGGUUUCGUCCACGAAAUCUGCUCUUGUAGAGCUACCCGAGCGUCCUCGAACAAGUCUCGCGUGGAUCUCCAAACUAGAUUCAGCAGCUCUGUCAGCUUGGAAUGAUGUUCGAUUUGACAUCUUGAUUCAUGCAACACCCACCGGUACAGCAAAUCUCGAGAGGCUGCUCAGGUCGAUUGCAAGGGCAGACUUUGCUGGUAUUCAGACCCCACACAUUACCGUCGAGCUUCCAUACGUCUUGGAUGCGCCGUUGGAGUCCUAUCUUGCAAGCUUCAAAUGGCCGCGUCCAACCCCGUCUGACGGACACAGACCACAGAUGAUUUCCCUCCGUCGCCGAAUUACGCGACAGCUGAUGGAAGAGGAAGAUAGUUCUGUGCGCUUCGUCGAAUCGUUCUGGCCAACUGACCCUCAGCGUUCUCAUGUUUUGGUGCUAGCUUCUCAUACAGAGGUAACGCCCCAAUUCUUUCAAUGUUCGUCUCCGACUCUCUCGGUCCAAUACCCACCCCUGGUUCAAUUCCUCACUGACUGGAUAUUAGACGUGAAAUACUCACUUUUGUAUCAGCUUCACUCAAAUUUUGCACUGCUGGAAGAUUACGACGCAGGCCUACUGGGCAUCAGCCUCUCAGUACCAACUACGCUAAUAGACGGAACCCAGCCGUUCACACCUCCCAAGCCACUCCGCGACGACAAAGACGGGUCGGGCGAGACGGCCUUCUUGUGGCAGCGACCCAACAGCGAGGCAAUGGUGUUUUUGGGCGAAAAGUGGGCAGAGCUACAUCACUUCGUGGCGCAAACACUCUACCAGAAACGGUCAAUGUCUUCAACCCCCGCCCUGCUAGCAAAGAAGCAGGUCAGCAAGAAAUAUCCCGCAUGGCUGGAAUAUGCUCUGCGGCUGUCACGCCUAAGAGGAUACUUUACACUGUAUCCCAGCCGAGAAACGGCGAAAGCUAUCAUCGGCGUGCAUAGCGAUGUUCCCGAUGCACCAGAGGAAUACCUCAAGGAUGAAUCGAGACCAAAGUCGCCCAACGACUACUCAGACAAAGUGGACGAGGACUUUGACCCAGUGUCUCCAGUCGACAUGCUGGAGACCCUACCUCGCAAUGGGGAGCUGCAAUCGCCCGGCCACCUACCACUAUUAUCGUGGGAUGGCCAGGCCAAGACGAAAGACAGCUUUGCCAAGGACGCAGCCGAGUAUACUACGUUGUUCCGGAGAGAGGUUGGUGAGUGCGGGGAAGAGUAUUUGAAAAAUCCUCCCAUUGCAAACAAGAUGGCCGUGGACCUAUUUUGUACACACAAGGCGUGA